GGUCCCGAGCGGGGAGAUCCGAUGUUGGCCGUGAGCCCCGAACUGAGGGCCAGGAACUUAUUUGUUUCCCAACUAUCUGGGCUCGUCAGAAAUGUGUCGACUUCACUUAAUCUGCAUUGAACGAUCCAAACCAGGAGCCCAGGCUGUCUGUUUCCGCAGAAUUGAAAUGGAAGUCCCACCGACGUCACGUGAGGUUGUGUGCCGCAGAUUCGCCCCGCCCUCCGCUUUGUGACGCCAGAUCACGUGGUGUGAUUUUGGCCACUGAGUCCCAUUAACUUCCCGAACUCGUCUCGCUUCCUGAAGCUUCUCGCGUUUGUCCUGGAGCUUUAUGGCUGUCGUGUCUUCUCCCGGACUGGGUUAGACCUGCAGUGAGAGAUUUAUUGGAAGAAAAACCACGACUGAACACGAGGGAACAGCAACAAGUGAACCAGCCCGAGGAUUGAGAGCACUGAUUGGAGAGAAACCAAUCUGACUCGGAGAUUCCGGUGAUUCAGUCAGGAGAAAGUUUGGUUACAAACGACGAGGAAUUUGCGGGAAUCUUGAACACAACACACCAGUUUUGUUGUCGCUGUCCAGAUACUUACGAAGUGGAACAAGGGAUUCACUCGAUCAUCUUUCCUGCUCAGACUGUGGGAGGGAUUCAGUUGAUCAUCUGUGUGACUGGCAUAUCCGUCAUCCUACACAGGAGGGACCCGAUCAUCUGCUCAGACGGUGGGAAUGGAUUCAGUCUGUUAUUUCAACUGAAGUUACAUCAGCAAGUUCCCACUGGGCAAGACCAUUCACCUGUUCUGUGUGUGAGAAGGGAUUCAGUCGGUCUUCCCACCUGUGGGCACACCAGUCAGUUCACUGGGCAGGGGCUGAUCAUUUGCUGAAUUUGUGGGGAAGGAUUCACUCGGUCAUCUGACCUAAUGGCUCACCAGCGAGUUCACACUGAGGAUUGGCCGUUCACCUGUUCAGACUGUGGGAAGGGAUUCACUCGGUCAUCUAAACUAAAGGUACAUCAGCGAGUUCACACUGGGGAGAGGCCUUUCACCUGCUCAGACUGCGGGAAAGGAUUCACUCAGUCAUGGACCCUAGCUGCACACCAGCGAGUUCACACUGGUGAGAGGCCGUUCAACUGCUCAGACUGUGGGAAGGGAUUCACUUACCCAUCCCAACUGAGGGAGCAUCACCAAGUUCACACUGGGGAGAGGCCGUUCACCUGCUCAGUGUGUGGGAAGGGAUUUACUUGGUCAUCUCAACUGAAGGAACAUCAGAGAGUUCACAGUGGAGAGCGGCCAUUCACCUGCUCAGUCUGUGGGAAGGGAUUCACUUGCUCAUCUAAACUGAUGGUACAUCAGCGAAUUCACACUGGGGAGAGGCCGUACACCUGCUCAGACUGUGGGAAGGGAUUCACUCGGUCAUCCCACCUACUGGUACACAAGUCAAUUCACACUGGGGAGAGGCCGUUCACCUGCUCAGUGUGUGGGAAGGGAUUCACUCAGUCAUCUAAACUGAAGGAACAUCAAAGAGUUCACACUGGAGAGAGGCCAUUCAUCUGCUCAGAAUGUGGGAAGGGAUUCACUCGGUCAUCCCAGCUACUGGUACACAAGUCAGUUCACACCGGGAAGCAGCCAUUCACAUGCUUGGAAUGUGGGAAGGGAUUCACUUGCUCAUCUCAACUGAAGGUACAUCAGAGAGUUCACACAGGAGAAAGGCCAUUCACCUGCUCAGAAUGUGGGAAAGGAUUCACUUCAUCAUCUCAACUGAAGGUACAUCAGCGAUUUCACAUCGGGGAGAAGCCAUUCACCUGCUCAGACUGUGGGAAGGGAUUCACUUCGUCAUCUGAUCUUAAGGUACAUCAGCGCGUUCACACUGGGGAGAGGCCGUUCACCUGCUCAGACUGUGGGAAGGGAUUCACUUUAUCAUCUCAACUGAAGCUACAUCAGCGAGUUCACACUGGGGAGAGACCGUUCACCUGCUCAGACUGUGGGAAGGGGUUCAUUCAGUCAUCCGACCUACUGGUACACAAGUUAGUUCACACUGGUGAGAGGCCGUACUCCUGCUCAGACUGUGGGAAGGGAUUCACUCGGUCAUCCGACCUGCUGGUACACAAGUCAGUUCACACUGGGAAGAGCCCGUUCACCUGUUCAGACUGUGGGAAGGGAUUCACUCGGUCAUCUAAACUGAAGGUACAUAAGCGAGUUCACACUGGAGAGAGGCCGUACAUCUGCUCAGUGUGUGGGAAAGGAUUCACUCUGUCAUCCAACCUAAUGGCUCACCAGAGAGUUCACACUGGUGAGAGGCCGUUCACCUGCUCGGACUGUGGGAAGGGAUUCACUUGCUCAUCUAAUCUGAAGGUACAUCAGCGAGUUCACACUGGGGAGCGGCCAUUCUCCUGCUCAGACUGUGGGAAGGGAUUCUCUUGGUCAUCUCAACUGAAGGAACAUCAGAGUGUUCACAAUGGAGAGAGGGCAUUCACUUGCUCAGACUGUGGGAAGGGAUUCACUUGCUCAUCUAAAUUGCAGGUACAUCAGCGAGUUCACACUGGAGAGAGGCCAUUCAUCUGCUCAGACUGUGGGAAGGGGUUUACUCGGUCAUCCCACCUACUGGUACACAGGUCAGUUCACACCGGGGAGAGGCCAUUCACCUGCUCCGUGUGCGGGAAGGGAUUCACUUGGUCAUCUCAACUGAAGGAACAUCAGAGAGUUCACACCGGGGAGAGGCCGUUCACCUGCUCAGAAUGUGGGAAGGGAUUCAGUCGGUCAUACGACCUUCUGGCACACCAACGAGUUCACACUGGGGAGCGGCCGUUCACCUGCUCAGGCUGUGGGAAGGGAUUUACUUGGUCAUCUCAACUACAGAGACACCAGCGAAUUCACACUGGGUAGAGGCUGAUCACCUGCUCAGACGUUGGGAAGAGAUUCUCUCAGCCAAAUCAACUAAAUGUUCAUCAUUGCGUUCACAUUGGGGAGAGGCUGUUCUCCUGCUGUGAAGGUGGGAAGCGAUUCACUGAGUCAUCUAACCUUAUGUAAAUAUUGCUUCCGCUAGCAACUUAAUAUAGGGGGUCAUAGCACCCCAGCCUAGAAAAGAAAUCUCAUUUGGGUGGAUGCUGCAUGAUGUGCCCCCUGUUAUAAGUCAGUACUGUACCCCAAAAUAACAAAUGGUGCACAAUAUGUGAUUAAACAAUUGAGAUUUAUAAUUCUUACUUUGACUGAGGCAAUGAUGUACAGUAUAUCAAUAAAGUUUCCUGCAACAAUUGACUUCA